CAUCCGCUGAAGAGCACUUUUGCUCAUUACGAGAAAAUGAGAUUUCUCGAUGACAUUUUGAACACAGUAUCGACCGUCAACUCUCUGCCAGAGUUUGUGCAAAAUUCGUCACACAGCAGCAACAGUGGUGUUCAUGAAGAUGUGUCGUUGGAUGUCUCCAUGAGCUAUCCAGAAAAUGACGAUGACAGAACAGACAUUACCACAGAUACAGAACGUCCGCAGUCUGCGACUUCUAAUGUAUCGACAUCGGCCAACAAAAACAAAAAAGCAAAGAAAGCACAGCUGCAAGAUGCAUUUUUAGAAAUGCUAAAAACAGCACCGCAGCAACAAAGAGAUGUGGUGGACAGCUUCGUGGAGCAGUUGGCUGAUAUUUUACGCCGUCUGCCAUAUCCCAAGCCUCGAAGUCUGCAAAGAAGGCUUAUGGAUUUGGCGAUUGAAGAAGAGGAAAUGAUGGAGGCACAACAAGGAUUGAAUUAGUUUAUUUUUACUCACAAUUUUAAUUACUAUUUUUUAACUUUUUCUAAUUAAUAUAAAUAAAUUGUAUGCAGAAAAAUAUUGAAUUCACUUUAUUUUAAUUACAAAUUUCAGUACACCUUAAAAAUCGUUAGACAAAGCUUUAUCCCAUUGCCAAGGCAAUGGAGAAAUGUGUUCAAAGUAAUAAGCAAAAUUAUCUCGAAUUUUUACAGCUGCCAAGUUUCGUGAUGCAAUAUUACCACUCACAGUUAUAAGUCCACUACUGGUAUUAAUCACGUCUUGAUCUUCUUCUUGAAUCCUACAAUAUCUUCUU